AAGUCCAUUUGGAGGCGUGCAGCUGUUAAACUUCUGCACUUCUCACUGGGAAAUCAGCAUAAGCCACUCUAAUAAGUAAUGGAGAUUCCAGUAUUCAUUGUUGAUGCAUUUACCAAUUUACCUUUCAAAGGAAAUCCUGCAGCAGUUUGUCCCCUUUUACAUGAAUUGCAGGAUGAUAUGUACCAGAAAAUUGCUGCUGAGAUGAACCUGUCAGAGACUGCCUUCAUCAUAAGGCUAAAUUCAAAAGAUGACUUCAGCUCAGGAGCACGCUUCCGCUUGCGUUGGUUCAGCCCCACCAAUGAGGUUCCUCUGUGUGGACAUGCCACCCUAGCUUCAGCCGCUGUACUGUUUUACAAAAAAAAAAAUGUCAACACAACAGUGGUAUUUGAGACUUUGAGUGGAGAGCUGUAUGUGCAACAACAGGGGGAAUCUAUAGUGAUGGAUUUCCCUCUGAACAAACCUACUCCGCUGGGUCUCAAUGAAUUUAAAGACAUAGUUAAUGCUGCUGUGGGAGACCAGCCGAUUCGAGAAGUGUGCCUCUGUGGCACCACCAAAAAGCUAAUGGUGCGCCUUGCUGACACUUGUGACAGGUCAGUGCUCACAUCCCUGCAGCCAGACCCAGCAGUUCUUCUCCGUGUAAACACUGGAGGAAGGGUUAGGGGUCUGAUUGUCACCAUGAUUGGAGCCCCUGGCUGUCAGCCUGGCUAUGACUUCUACUCCAGAAACUUCUCCCCCUGGUUUGGGAUUCCUGAGGACCCUGUGACUGGCUCUGCACAUACUGUCCUUGCAGGCUACUGGUCUGAGAAACUGGGCAAGAAAAAGAUGCUGGCCUAUCAGUGCUCCAGUCGUGGUGGGGAGUUGGAGCUGGAACUACGGGAUGAUGGCAGACUGAAUAUCGCUGGCCAGGCUGUAACCGUCCUGCAAGGGAUUCUAACUGUGUAGAGGCUAUACUGUUCACGUCGACCUAGCCAAAUAAUCUGUAGACCUAGCUGUGGCUACAGAUUUGAGUUUGAGAUUAACAAUUUGAUACAAUGGAAUAGUCAUUUAACAGAUGCUCUUAUCCAGAGCGAUUUACAGGUUUGGGUUAAGUGCCAUGCCAAGGGCACAGGCAGACUUUUCACCAAGUUGGCUCAGGAUUCGAACCAGCGACUUUUCAGUUACUGGCCCAACGGUCUUUAACCGCUAGUCUACCUGCCGCUCUAGUGAACACUCAGCAUACAAUCCUCAC